AUGGCCGCUUCAAGCUCUUCUGGGGCCGGGGCCAUUCCACAGUACGCCACCACGGUCACCAAUGUCACCUUUGCCUACGGGCGGGGGAAGAAGGCGGUCAAUGCGCUCAACGAUAUUACCAUCAAGGUGCCGGUUGGCAGUAUCUAUGGAAUCCUCGGCCCUUCGGGUUGCGGCAAGUCGACCCUGGUGCACUGCCUGGUCGGCUCCCUGAAGCCGAAGCGGGGCAUCGUCAAGGUCUUUGGCGAGGUUCCGGGCUCCCAUCGGGCGCUGGUCCCCGGGCCGGGCGUCGGCUACAUGCCCCAGGAGAUUGGCCUCUUCAAUGAGUUCACCAUCCAGGAGACGCUCUUCUUCUUUGGCCGCCUCUACCGGCUGCCGGCGGCGGUCAUCAACGGGCGAAUUGCCUUUCUGAUCUCCUUUCUCGAGCUGCCCGACAAGUCGGCGAUGGUGGGGAAGUUGAGCGGGGGGCAGGCGAGGAGAGUGUCGCUGGCCGCCGCCCUGGUCCAUAAGCCACCGCUGCUGGUGCUGGACGAGCCGACGGUGGGCAUCGACCCGGUGCUCCGGCAGUCCAUUUGGUCGCAUUUGAGAUCUCUGACCGAUGAGCACGGCAUCACCGUCAUCAUCACGACGCACUACAUCGAGGAGGCCCGACUGGCAAACCUGGUGGCCUUUAUGCGCCACGGAUCACUGCUCGAAGAGGGCAACCCCGAGUCUCUCAUUCGCCGACUGCGGCUGAACAACCUCGAGGAGGUCUUUCUCGCCCUCUGUCGCAAUAAGAAGACCUCGGAGGAAGAAGGUGAUAAUCAGUCUUCAGCGGCUGAUCAGAAAGGAGCCAUCAUCAAGAAGCCGCUUCUGGAGAAGGACAAGGACGUCGAGAUGAUGAUGAUCAAGGAAGGUGGAGGAGGUGGAGAGGAGGAAGAACUCCUCUCGGUUUCGAUUCAAAAAUCCGAGGGUGAUGAGGAGGCAGGCAGCUCUUCAAGCACAGCUCUUCCUGCGCCUGCUGAGCCUCAGUGCACAACCGUUGUCACCACCUCAGUUCCGGUGCCCAGUCAGCCGCCCACAGAGACGGCCGUGGUGUGCACCACCUUCUCCUCUGAAGACCUCGAAAACGGAAACAUUAGCAGCAGCUCGGAAAAGACCUCACCUGUAAUCACCGCCAACAACAGCAAAACUACCACUACUUCAGCCCACUCGCCCACGUCGCCGAUCUUCUCGCACACGCAGCAGCACCGGAAGAUGCAGGACGCCCAGGUGAUGGCCAAUCGGCUGCUGAUGAAGCGGAAUGCCAUUCUGGACCACUUUGCCCGAAGCUCCGCCCUGCUCACCAAGAACUUUAUCCGCAUGUGGCGGAACCUGCCGGUGAUGCUCUUUACCGCCUUUAUCCCUGCGGUUCAGUGCAGCCUCUUCUUCCUCUGCCUCGGCCGUCCACCGUACGACAUCCCGGUGUCGGUGUACAACGCCGAGCAGCCGCCGCAGUACAGUCGGGACUUUCUCCAGUCGAUCGACAAUCGCACCAUUGACCUGCGGCCGGUGCCCUCUUUUGAGGCGGGCUACCAGGCGGUGUGGGGAGGGGAAAGUCGGGCCCUACUAACCAUUGGCUCCAACUUUAGCGCCGCACUCUACCAAAAGUCAGUUGACCUGUUGGUAGUUGAUAAUGAGACGCUGGACAUGGCCAGGGUGAACCUGUACCUCGAUAUGAGCUCUCAAUUCCACGCCGGCUCCAUUCGCGAGAAGGUCUACGAGGCGUUCGGCACCUUUGCCCGGCGGAUGCUCGUAGAGCACGGCAUGGAGGAGAAGCUGGCGGAUCCGCCCAUUCACAUUGGCAAGCCCAUCCUCGGCCAGGCCAACCCUACCGUCACCGAGUUCAUGGCCCCUGGGUUCAUCCUCUCGCUGGCCUUCUUCGCCUCCAUCGCCACAGCGGCCCUCACCCUGGUCCUGGAGCGGAAGGACGGCCUGCUGGAGCGGUCGCUGGUGUCGGGCGUCAACCCCAACGAAUACAUCCUCUCGCAUGUCAUAACCCAGACGGUGGUGGUCAUUCUGCAGACCUUCAGCGUCCUCCUCAUUGCCUUCUUCAUCUUUGAGAUACCGAACAUCGGGCCGGUCUUUUGGAUCAGCGUUCUCAUUGUCAUGCAGGGCGUCUGCGGGAUGAGCUACGGGGUACUGAUUUCGGCCAUUGCCAAGGAGGAGAGCUUCACGCUGGCCGCCUGUAUGGGCAGCAUGUUUCCGCAGUUUCUCCUCAGUGGUGUGGUAUGGCCGGUGGACACGAUGCCCCCGCCCCUCGUCUUCAUCGCCAACUUCUUCAGCCAGGCGAAGUCGCUGGAGGCGGUGCGCGGCACUUCCCCAGCGGACGCUGUAGAGGAGGAAGUUUCCGAUGUAGCGGAACAUGGUGGGGCGGAGGGAGAGGAGGGUCAGCUCGUGGGGGGCGAUGAGGGUGAAGUAGACGACGGCGAGGAGGAGGCUGUAGGCGAGGAAGAAGGGCAGGUAGGCGAGGUGGGGCUGGCGGAACCAGAAGGCGCAGCUGAGGACUUGGAGCCAGCCGUGCGG